AUGGCCGGAGUCUCCGGAGGGCUGCUGCCAAGCUCUCUGCUGUUGCUGCAGCUCCUGGCUGCCGCAACAAGCCCGGCAAGGGGAUCUGGCAGGCUUCUUGCUGCAGCAGGGCGCAGAGCGACGUUGGCAGGCAAAGCCAUCUGGUUGGAUCAGCGCCUCGCCGACCGCGAGGCAGAAAGGCUCCUGGUGCUGCGCACCGCCAGUGGCCAAACGCUGCAUGUGGCCACAGACAAUGCCGACCAGCUGAGCUGGCUCCGCAGUGGAGACAUCAUCCAAGUCAGUGGGUGGUGGGUCCCUGCGGCCGACGUGGCAGCAAGCAGCGCCGCCACAGCCCUCGCUGGGCAAGCCCGCCUGCUGGGCAAGCCCGCCGGGCGAGGCGUCUUCAAAGCAGCCAGUAUUCGCCGCGACGGCGCCAGGCCAGCCCAUCGGCCAGCAACCGGGAGGAGCGGCUUAGCGUCCGCGGCAGCAGCGGCGGUGGCAGGAGCCGUAAGAGCAUCUGCAGCCAAGCUGCCAUUUAGCUCUAACCUGCUCAUUCUUUCAGAGUUCUCCACCAUUUUCAUCCCCAUUGCCGGCAUCACGCCCGCUGGAAACGCAUGCGUGCCCACCGCCGCCCCGGUCAACAUCAGCAAGCCUGCAGUGGAGCGGGUUGUGUUCCAGGAGGGCAACAGCCGCAGGGCCACCGUAGCCUCCACUUUCAACCUCUGCUCCUACGGCAAGACCAGGCUGACCCGAAAGAACAGCCUUGUUUCCGACCUGGUGCAGCUGCCCUGCAAAGGCUCCACGCAUGCCAUCCCCUGGAGCUUCGCUGCCUGCACAUUUGAUGACUUCAAUGGCUGGGCGGAUGCUGCCGACGCGGUGCUGCGCGCGAGAGGCUUCAACAUGGAUAGAUAUGCAUACAGGAAACUACGGCCGCAGCUCGGCAGCACGGGGGCGUCGCAGCGUGCCGCCGCCGCCGCGCUGCCCCCCGGGCACGGCGGCGGCGGCAGCAAGCUUGGGCCCAAACGCCGUGCCGCCGAGUCCCGUGGCUGCGACCGUAGACCGUGGGCCGGAAACUGCGGCCGCAGCUCGGCGGCACGUGGUUCUGGUCAAAUCGCCAAGCGUGCAGCAGCGCCGAACCACGCUUCCCGGCCUCGGCGCAUGCCUUCAGGGGCCCCCUAUCGCUGGGCACACCCCUCCAACACCGAACAUGCGCCCGGGGGGGAGGGCGGCCCGGGCGGCCCAGGCCAAAGCGUUUGCCCCUGGAUUGGGCUGGGCUACAUCGGCUGCGACGGCACAUACGAGUGCCGUUCCUGGGUUGGCGGCGAGCAUGCUCUAGUGCCGCAGGCGCAUGUGCACGAGCUAGGGCACAACCUGUACAUGGCGCAUUCCGGCCGUGCUGGCUCCCAAUAUGAUGACAACACAUGCGCUAUGGGUUAUUGCUGCGCGAACAGAUGCUUGAACACGCCGCACGCCUGGCAGAUGGGCUGGCUCCAGGUGCAGCAGUUAAAUGGCAGCACCCUGGCUGCCGGCCAGACCGUGACAGUGACGCUGGCGAGCCAGGCCGCCACUAGCCACAGGUACCGCACAGCAGAAGGCGGCGACGCCGACCUACCCAGUGAGGUGGCUGGCAAAGUGCACGUGUACACUUCCUGGAGCGCCAGCACCCGAGAUGCCCAGCCAUCAAACUGGGAGGCCGCCCUGGAAGGCGGCCAGUCCUGGAGCAGCAGCGCUGCGGGCCUGGUGGUUCGAGUCCGCAGCAUCUCCAACGAUACCGGCUCGGCAGCUGCAGCGGUGGUGUCUGUGUGCCGCCGUGCUGGCCCAGAAACUGUCGCCAGCUGCUUAGCUGGCAGCGACAACGACUGCAACGGGCUGGCGGGCGACCUUCGCGGCGUGUCGGCCUACGCCGGUCUGUAUGAGGUGCGCGGCCAGCCAUUCACAUCGUAUGAACAUGCCAAAUCAGGUACUUGUGCUGUACUACUAGUUAUCAGAUACAUGAUAUCAUGCAUAUGUGCGAUCGGUCGCCAACACAACUGCUACCACUUCCACGUCAUGAUGCACUGCUACCUCACCUCCCAUUCCUCCUUCCUCUCAUCAUAG